GACUAUUUCUGAAGAGGGAAAUAUUCUCCCAUAACACAUUGUUGUGAUCUGAAUUUCUGUUUAAUUGUUGGGGUUUGGAGAAUAAGUUUAGUCUUGUCCAAUAUGCCUUCUAGUUUUUCAGUGAUGCAUAUACCUUUUGGUACAGGAUACUCUAUACUACUUGGCAAUAAUGAGCAGUGAAACUACUAGAGACAGAUCUGCUGGACAUGUGUUUGGAUAUAGUAACCUAAAGCAUCAUGAUCCUGAGGGGGGGGGAGGGGAGACACACACCCUGAGGAUGUCACAUGGGCUGCAACUGUGUGCUGAUUAGGCAGCAAGCAGUCUGCAGGCCAAGGAUUGAGAACCACUGCACUAGACUAAUGCAAAUAAUAUCAAGUGUCUGUUUUGUACAAUCACAAGCCAAGAAAUUCUGUCUACUGUAUUUCCUUUCUGGUUUUAAGUGGAUUUAUUAUUCUUUAGUUCUUACCCCUCUCAGAGCACACAUCUGAUGCAUGAAGUGAGACCUUUAUAUACUACAGUUUUAUAUAAGUUGUAAAGAACCUUGGGCUCCUUCAGGAUGAAAAAUAUUACCUACUUAUUUCUCCAGGUCACUAGUGAACAAGGAGUGUAUUUUUAAAAUAUUUAUGAUGUAGUAAAGUCUGCUACGUAUGCUCGUGGUGUAUGAGGCAUGUUGGAAGUCCAGUCAUGACUCCUUCAACAAAUCAUGAGUUGGGUUUUUUAACUUCAGUAUUGACUGAUGUCACUAGUGAUUCAUGCUGCUGCUCUAGAGGGGUUUCUUUUUUGUAGCACUUACCUUAAGUGUUUUUACUACACUACACAGUUUGCAAUCUCUCUGCCUGCCACUGAAAUGCAGCUGUUCAAUAAUGUGGUAGAGCAACAUUACUGGACACUUGCUUUGAAUUUUCCUAUAGUCAUUUUACCUGGAACAGUGCUGCUAACACUUUUUUGUAUGAGAAAUGUCAUUGAAUCUUUAAUUAAAGAGAGAGGCUAUGACUAUUUGCAAUGUUUCUAUCUAGAGGGGAAACAGCUACAUUCCUGUAGUUCCUGCCUCUCCUUCAAGAGUGUCCUGGUCCAGUGUGCUUAGUGUGUGAUCAGUCCCCAGUAUUUUCCAUCUGACAGGGCACUAGACAACUAAAGGAGUUGUACUGGGAAGAAGACUCCCCUUAUCUAGUAGUUGCUCUAUCCUGUUUUGUGUUUAAAGUGUGUAUGCCUCAGUCAGUUAAUGUUGUUUUUUCUGACUUCUGAAAUACCUUUAGUCCCACCACUGUUAAAAUAAGACAAACAGCUCAGGGCCUAUUAUAUUAAAAAUGAGUCAAGUUCUUUGUUUAGAUAAAAAAUAAAAUGACUUUCUCCUGAAAUGUUUUUCUUUCUUUAAGUAGUCUGUCUUCCUUCUCUCUGCUGUGAGUGGAAGUAGUUGAUUCCAAGUUUUUUUUUCUUCUUAAGUAACCUUAGAGGUUGUCUUUUAAGGCUAGGCCUAGGCUUGAGCCCUCUAACUUAAAGCUCUAGUGUUUCAUCCAGUUCAGUCUUGCUUGGUAUAAUUUGCUAUGCUAAUAAACCCCAGUAAUUAAAAUAGAACGCACAUUCCUUGUUUUUCACUGUGCAGCAACUGUAGCAGGAAAUCCAAGAGCUGCGAGGUCUACCCCUCUCACCUGCCACUAUUAAGCGUUCUACCUCGGCCUAGGAACAAGGACAAUAGCCUCUUAAACUCAGCUAGUUCACUAAGGGGUUGUACCUCAACCAUCAGAAACUUCUACAGCUGCGGGGUUAGUGCUUAAGUAUGCAGGGGCGGGGGGAGCGGUUAGGAAACGUGCCUGGGAAAACAGGCAUCUUCAGCCAUGCUGUCCCUGACUUGCUGAAGGAGCCCCAUGCAGCUAGCGAUUGGGUUCACUUUUCCCUGCAUCUCAAAUAAUUCCCAGGGGCCAGCAGGGCUUCUGGUGUUCCGGCCCCCUGAACGUUGUUCUUCCCGAGCUGCAGUGCUAGGAGGAGCUGGGGCAGAAGCGGAGCCUGCCAUGCCCCAGGCGCUGAUGGGCUGGAGGCAGAGGAGGUGCCCUGUCUUCACGGUGAGGCAGAGGCGAGUAGCUCUGUGCUGCUAGGGCGCCAGCUCCAGGCCGAGUCCGGGUUUCACUGCGCUAAAAGCAGGCAGCGCUGGAGCUGCAGGCGCUGACCAGGCACGGCCCCCUACAGCCCAGUGGCGCCGUGGGCCGCACCCACGUGCUGAGCAUCUCUGGGCCGGUCCCGUACCCGGCCUCAGCAGGGGGUGGCACUGAUGGGGCGUGCGGGAGUCGGGCCGAAACCCUGCAUCCUCCACCGCCCGGUGGCUCCCUGGGGCUGGUGCAGCUCGAAGCUGCUCGCCGCCGCCUCGUGCUGCUCCAGCCGCGCGCUGAUGUCACCUGGCGCCCGGGGAGCGCAGGUCUCCUCCCCGGGGCUGGGACUGCGAUCGGCUCUCCCUGUCUCCUGCAGCCCGCUGGCGGCCGGGCCCAGCCCAAUGGCUUCCCCCCUGGGCAGCCCUCUCAGCGCGGGGCAGAGGCGGACAGGAGCUGGAGGCCUGGCUCCGAGCCCCAGCUCGGCCAGGAAGGAUCCGAGCGUGGAGCAGCAGCUCACGGUGGCUCUUCGGAUACGUCCAAUCAAUGAAGCUGAGCUGGAGGAAGCUGCUGCUAUCAUAGCCCACAGAGUGGGUGACCAGAUGGUGGUUCUGAUGGACCCAAGUGAAGAUCCAGACGACAUCUUGCGAGCCAAUCGAUCCCGAGAGAAGACAUUUAUAUUUGAUGUGGUUUUCGAUCACAAAGCGACCCAGGAGGAGGUGUACGUGUCCACGACCAAAAACUUGGUGGAAGGAGUCAUUUCUGGAUACAAUGCAACAAUUUUUGCAUAUGGGCCAACAGGGGCAGGGAAAACCUACACUAUGCUAGGGACAGACUGUGAUCCUGGGAUCUACAUCCGCACCCUAAAUGACCUCUUUAAAGCCAUUGAGGCAACCAGUGACAACAUGGAUUACACCGUCUCCAUGUCGUACCUAGAGAUUUAUAACGAAGUGAUCCGUGACCUCCUGAAUCCAUCCUCUGGAUUCCUAGACCUCAGAGAGGAUGCUAGGGGUAGCAUCCAGAUAGCAGGAAUUACUGAAGUCUCCACUACAAAUGCGCAGGAGAUCAUGCAGCUGUUAACAAAAGGAAACAAAGAACGCACUCAGGAACCCACUGCUGCCAACAAGACAUCUUCCCGCUCACAUGCAGUCCUCCAGGUCACAGUGAAACAGAAGAGUCGGGUGAAGAAAAUUAAUGAAGAAGUGCGGGUGGGAAGGCUUUUCAUGGUUGACUUGGCAGGGUCUGAGAGAGCAGCCCAGACUCAGAACCGAGGCAAGAGAAUGAAGGAGGGAGCUCAUAUCAACCGCUCGCUGCUAGCUCUGGGGAACUGCAUCAGUGCCUUGAGCGAGAAGGGAGGAAGUCGGGCCCAGUAUGUCAAUUUUCGAGACAGCAAACUGACACGCUUGUUGAAGGACUCAUUAGGGGGGAACAGCAGGACAGUUAUGAUUGCCCACAUCAGUCCUGCCAGCAUCUACUUUGAAGAAUCUCGAACAACCUUGAUCUAUGCUUAUCGAGCAAAAAACAUCAAGACAAGGGUAAAACGCAACCUGCUGAAUGUCUCCUAUCACAUUGCACAGUACACCAGCAUCAUUUCAGAUUUACGCAGGGAGAUUGAGGGUCUGAAGGCAAAGAUUGAAAAUCAGGAAAAGGAGAAGAGUGCCAUCAGCUCUGGCCUCAGGGAUGUACAAGUGGAGGCACAUCAGGAUUCGGAGGCGUACAGCCAGCAAGAGAUGAACAAGUUACGGGAGCAGCUGAUAGGGGCUUUCAAGGAGCAAAUGGAGAUGCGCCGCAGCCUCAUGGAGCUGGAGAACACCAACAUUGAGCUACAUAUUGAUACCUCCAGGCAUUUGCUAACGAUUGCCGACUGGGAACGAGAGAAGACUCAGCAUGCUCGGAAGUGUUAUAACAAGCUGGUGAAUGGAAAGGAAGAUGAAAACAUGGAGGAGGCAGACAGAGAAGUAGAGAGGGCAAGUUCCCCUGAACCUCAUGAAGUCACUGUAGCAAGAGAGGAGAUCAACAUGCUGUUGGCAGAGCUGCGAAAAACAGCAACCUUAAAGUCGGAGCUGGAGCAGCGCUUAGCCAAUGCCAAGAAAAAAGCCUCCCAGAUGGAGAAGCUGUUACCCAAACAAAUCACCAGUGAAGACCAGCGAGAGGUGCUGAGGCUUCUCUGCAAGGCUCAUGAGCUGGAGGUGGGGAACACGGAGUUGCAGGCAAAUGCCUUGUACAAGGAGAAUUUGCUGUGCCAAAAGGAUUUUGUCAUCCAGCGGCAGCAGCAGCACGGACUGCUCUGCGAGGAAAUCAUUCAGCAGCAGCAAAUGCUGAUCAAAGGCCGUGACAUCCCUGUCCCAGAGACGCUGGGGACGCUGUAUCAACUGCACUGCCGUGAACUAGAGGAGGGGACCCUGACCCGCCUGCUCCUGCUUCACUCUGUAAUGUCCAGCACGCUGAGGGGUGGCUCUGCUCUGAAUAUAGCUCAGCAGCUGGACCUAAACAAAGAGGCCAGAAAAGGGAUGUCUGGCAACAGGAAGGGUCUUCCUUCUGGAGCAAAGUUUGAGCUUCCGUCUGUUGUCUUGGAGUCAGACAGUGACAGCUACAGAUCAUCUAAAACAACACCUACUAGGAAACUGGGGAACCCAGAUACCCAUCUCAGCCCUACAUUCUUUCGCUUGCCAAGAACCCCACUGCACCAGCAGAAACCAACUGGUGUUGCUGUAAGAAAGAUGACCUCCAAGCUAUGUUCCCCCACUUCCCUGGACUUAAAUAGGAGAAAGUCAGCUGCAGAGAUCGCUCUUGCGCCACUGAGUCUGGAGGCCCUGACAGAGAUUGCUGUUAGCACCAAAAGCAUCUCCCGCAUUGCAGCCAGUCGGCGUUCCAGAGCCCGACAUAGAGACCAUGGGAGUGAACUCACCUCAGGGCAUUUCUUUGAGGAGGAUAUAUUGGAGCCGAAAUAUCUGCAGUCCAGCUUCACUCCAGAGCCUCAUGUGAAAGACACUGUGAGUAUUGAGAGCCUCUCAGCAGAGUCUCAGAGAAAGGAGCAGCUGCACUACGCAGCCAGGAGAGAACUGAAGAAGGAUCAAGAACGAGAGAAAUCAGUUGAGAGGAAAGCCAGGAAGAAAAGAUCUCGUUCCCUUGAACCAACCUCACAAAAGAUCUCGAAAGCAAAGCAUCGGACUCCCUCGAGCCACAAUAUGGACAAUGUUUCUGAGGACCAGCUGCCCCGAGCUAAACUUCACCAGCCGUUGAAGAUCAAGAGCAAUUUAUCCCAUGCCACUCCUGCCGCCACAAAGGUCAAAUUCCCCAUCAGUCACCAUACAGAAGAGAAUCCAUUACAGGUGCUGGAAAUAAGCAACACUCCCCCAAGCACCGUUCAGCAGAGCAAUGCAGGUCAGACCAGAGGCCAGGUCCUACAAAAGCGGGUCAAAGGGCCCUUAGAUGGUGCCAGCAACCAGCCGAAGAACCAACCGAUCACAAGCUUCAAGAACCUGCCGAGGUCAAAAUAAAAUCACCAGGGAGAGCAAGAUUCCAUCUGUUCUCGAGGGACCAGGACUACAGGAGUACUAAAAAGUAGGGAGGCUUUUUCUUAA